AUGCCUCUCAAGUUAGAAGUCGCCGAUUGCGACCACCUCCAAAAAUUAUUGUCGUUUUAUGACAUCCACAAAGCGCACCUCUUGGGCCAGAGAAACGCCGAAAAUCGGGACAUCCAGCUAUGCUGCUUCGUCAAUGUCAUCAACAUCGAAAAGUUAUUCAGCGUUGAUUCAACAUCAUCCAACGACAGAAAAUAUCUUGUGUGGAAGAAUACCGGAGAAGAAGCAGUACUACAUUUCCAGGGAAUCGCGUCACAAAUAUGCGUGACCCCGUUCCGCCCGGAUUCACCUGGACGAAUAGCGCGUCCAGGAGUACUGCGUCAGUUUAUCCAGGUGGUGUCGGAUCCGGAUGACAGCAUCUUCCAAGAAGCGCGCGCCGCCGAGAAAGCGAUUCAGAAGUUCAUGUGGCAGUACGGCAGAAAUCCAGAUCAUCUCGUAUUACACGACAGUACAUUCGGAGGAAUCCCAGCCCUAUAUGCUGACAGUAAACUAUUGACAGCACCGUCUCAGCCCGUAGGAACAACGAUACCGAUUCAUGCCGACAUGGAAGAGAAGAACGCCCUCACUCGACUUUGCCAAGAUACUAGACAUCGGUAUACCGACGACAACGCAGUCAGUUACUUCGAAUGGUAUUGUCUAGAUGACAAUACUAUGAGGCAAGAGUUACACUGUGUUUGGAAGCGCUAUUACUUACCAAAAUUCAACAGUCUUCAGCCUCGGGAUAGUGGUCGCGCAAUAAGAGCAGGGCACUUGGUCGACAUCGGAGUCACCUUCAGACUGUUAUUAGGGAAACGCGGAGACGUGAGGUUCAUCUCAAAAUUGGAUAGCAUUACCAUCAUCGACCGAAGCAGCGCCGAUGUAAAAGUUGGCCGAAAUGAAGAGAAAUGCCAAUAUCACCGUACCACGAAGCAGCCCGAAGAAAAGAAAGAUUGCAGCUGA